AUGGCACCACGAAAGAAGGAAGCAGAGGCAUCUGCAGCAGCCCCCACCGAAGAUGUAUCAAUGGAGGAGGCGGUACCUGCGGAGUCUGAAGGUGAAGUCCUUAUGCGCGACGAUCCGCACAACCCCGCCGCGAUGAUGUUCCAAGAACAGCGACUUCGUAUUCUCCCUGGUUCAACGGAUACAGCUGCCUCUUUUGAAUUUAAGAAGGAGGAUCAUACAUUGGGGAACGCUUUGAGAUACAUUAUCAUGAAGAAUCCUGAUGUCGAGUUCUGCGGAUAUUCGAUACCUCAUCCUUCGGAAGAGUUGAUGAACGUUCGAAUUCAAACAUACACAUUGUCGGCUGAGGAUGCUUUGAGAAAGGGGUUGGAUGAUUUAAUAGACCUUUGUGAUGUGGUCGCCGAUAAAUUUACAACAGCACGAGAGCAGCAUGUUGCGUCUGCCUCUGAACUGGAGGAAUAA